AUGGCAGAGCGGCCUGCAAGAUACGUCAAUGGAGGACUUCAUCCUGUUCUAAUUGGAGAUGAGUUCAAGGAUCAAAGAUAUAAGGUUAUCAAUAAGAUUACGCAUGGGUAUAGUAGUACCGUGUGGGCGGCCGAGGAUGGUUGGGGAGGCGGCAUUGUAGCCUUGAAGAUCCUAACGGCAGAUAUGUUGCAGAAAGGAGUAAAGGAGCUGAGGAUCAUGCGAUACAUCGAUGCAAACCGGAGCGAUCAUCCCGGAUGCAAGUAUAUUUCGGAACUUGUAGAUCAUUUCUUUAUCGAUGGACCCAACGGUAUACAUCUCUGUCUGGUGACGAAGUUAUUCGGACUGACAAUAGAUGAUGUGAGGUGGGAUACUUUCUUGUACACCAAGUUCAACACGAAGUUUGCGCGCGAGGUUUCCAGACAACUUCUUCUGGCAGUCGACUUUCUUCAUUCUAUUGGGGUAGUGCACGGAGACAUCAGCGGAGAGCGCAUUGCAUUCCAGAUUCCUAGGGUUAGCGACAUCAAUUUCAGUAAAAUAAAGAAGGGAGAUGUCAUUAGAGAAGAUGCGCAGCCACUGGCGGAGGGAGUUCCAAAAUACGUCGUGGGGGAGUUAGACAUCGUGUCCAAGACCAUUGUGGAAGAGAUCAGCAAUAUUCAACUUUUCGGCUUUUCGAGAUCUUUCCUGGAAUCAGAGCGACCUUCAUACGUGGACUCGCGACUCAGUUUCACCCCACCAGAAAUGAUAUUUUCCCAUCCACUAGGUCGUUCCAUUGAUAUUUGGACCUUAGGAUGUGUUACAUAUGGCAUCUCUUGUGGAAACGAUCCCCUUUUUCGUUCGCCUGAGCAGGACAGACGAUGUAUGAUAACGGAGAUAUUCGAAGUACUAGGCCCUUCCGCCGCCCCUUGGAUGCUAAGCCAAUUGAUUACUGGUCUGGCUACGGGAAAGUGGAAGGAUUUUCAAGGCAGCGAGUGCUUCGGAGGCAUCAAGACCUUGCCCUUUCCUGACAGAAUUAAGAAGGAUUUCCAUUCGUCCUCUAAGCGUGGGAGAGAACAAGACAAGAACCAUCCCAACGACGACGACUUGUUUGAGAGUCUUAACGACGAGGAACAGGAAGAUUUCUUUGCUCUUCUAAUACCCUACCUGGAGAAAACGUUCAUUGCAGAUCUAAAAAAACGUGCAACGACAAAGGAGCUACAGCUUGAGCCUUUCAUAAAUGAUACGGGGUAUAUACCAGAUGAGAUACCGGAUGAGAUACCUGAGGAUGGGUCAGAGGAGUCUUCUUCUGAUGAACAUCUUGAAGAUUCGUCUGAUGAUAAUUCUGAAGAUUCGUCUGAUGAUAAUUCUGAAGAUUCGUCUGAUGAUAAUUCUGAAGAUUCGUCUGAUGAUAAUUCUGCAGAUUCGUCUGAUGAUAAUUCUGCAGAUUCGUCUGAGGAUAAUCCUGAAGAUACGUCUGAGGAUAAUCCUCAAGAUGCGUCUGAUGAUAAGCCUGACGAUGCGUCUGAUGAACAUCUUGAAGAUGCGUCUGAUGAUAAGCCUGGCGAUGCAUCUGAUGAUAAGCCGGAUGAUGCGUCUGAUGAUAAUCCUCAAGAUGUAUCUGAUGAUGUUUUUCAAGAUGUAUCUGAUGAUGUUUUUCAAGAUGUAUCUGAUGAUGUUUUUCAAGAUGCGUCCGAUGAUAAUCCUGAAGAUGCGUCUGAUAAUGAGCCUGACGAUUUCUCCGAUGCAAAUAAUGAAAUGUCACUGACCUUGUAUCAUGCUUGUCAUUACCCCUAUCAGCUAAGUUAG